AUGCGUAAUCCACUAAACGGCAUCAUAGCUCCAGGUCUAGAAGUGGCUUAUGGAAAUCCAAUGACGAACAUCGCUUACAAAACGGAAUACGCCAAUCCUUGGACUUACGAAAACUAUGGACUCAACUUAGCAACACUGGCUGCUUCAAAUGGCUGCGGUUUCACUGUUCAAAGCAGUUCGCCAAUUGUACCAAAUGGCGUGUCGAUCUUAUCUGAAAACAUGGUGAUCGAGGGUCCACUGGCUGUCAACGGCCAAAUGCCGUUCCUGGGAACAAUUGGCUUGGAAGGAGCGUUACCAGCUGCCGGUGCUGGCGUUGUAUCUUAUGGCUGUGGUAAUGGCAAUGUUGGUAUCACCAAUGAGGGAUACAACAUGGCAGGCGCGUACGGCUUGGCGCCAAAAAUGGCAAACUUGGCACCCGCCAUGACUGGUCUAAAUAUGGCGGGAAUUAAUACCGCCAUGUAUGGUGUUGCCGGUUAUUAG